CUUUGCUUCAGUUGCACCUCAGACCUACGAAAAAUCCAAAAUGCGUAGGCCCUUGCUGAAGAAGGUGGCCCGAAUUCUUGUUGCCUCGAUUGGGAGCAGCCAGCUGCUUCUUCCAAACAAUUUUUUACCAAGCGCCUUGGGGAAGCCAAUGCAAGACCGAUGGCGGGGACCCUAUUCUGCUGCUCAGGAGAUUGCCAAUCAUCCAACCGCCAUGGCCCCGCAAGCACCCUAUAGCAAUGUCCCACAGCCAACGGAUCCUACUACGACUUGGCUGCCGGUUGUUUAUCCAGCAUGGGUCCUGGGGCAUGUGCCAGUGCAGAGGGUGGAAAACUAUGGCACUACUCAACCGGCGUUGAACCCUCCAACCCAGAUGGGACAGAUGGGAUAUAGGCCAAACUUCGCAACAAGCUGGCAUUCUGAGCCGGCUGGACAUAUAAGACCUGAUAGCUUGCCAAGACAACCAAGGCGCGUUUCCUCACAUAACACUAGGUCGGGCCGUGAAACGCUGAGCGCAGGGCCUGGAUCAUUCAACCAGAGAGCACCUCAAAUUGGCCACAAGGACCUUCCUGGCCGAAAAAGCUCCCGACAGAAAACCGUGAAAUCAGCUCCAGCUACAGCAAGUGACUCAAACUCGCUCCCGUCUUCGUCUGCUUCAAAAUCCGAUCAGGAAAAGAUUGAAGUUCCUAGCCUCGAAAGAUCUUCAGAGCCAAGCGGAGGUAGCAGUUUGCCCGUGCAAGAGGUAGAAAGCGUGCAACAACCACAGGGUAACCCCAACCCCAAACAAAGUGAAAAGGCUCAGAAAGGCGAUAAAAAAGACAAUGGAAUAGAUGAGGCAAACAAUUUCCGAAACCAAAGCUCAAAAAAAUUAAUCAGGGCUUCCGGAAAUGACGGUGAUUUGUAUGGAAAGGUGAAAAUUCUUCAACAUGACCGGGGUUCAAAUGAUUCAGGACCCUCUGGUGCCACAUUUCAGAAAAACAAAAACACAUCAGAUUUUGAGAAACCCACGGCUUCUCGAGGGGAUGAAGCAUCAAGCAAUAAAAUUCUUGGACCAAAUCUAAAACCCCCAUCAAUCCCUCCUGUUAAUAAAGAUUCCAGAGGUCCAGACGCAGUUAGCCAUCCUAAUGCCCCCAAAGUAAAUCUGCAUGCCAACAAAGAUGGCAAGAACUCUGGCCUUUCUGAAACACCAAACAAUCCAAUCUCAUUUGCUGGAAAAAUUAAAGAAUGGUUAAGGACACCACAGGUUGCAAAUUUAGGCAAAGCUCAAAUCAAGGCACUAAAUGAUAAAUUAUUCAAACCAGUCAAAGAAGAUUCCAAAGAUUAUCUUUUGGCUUCACAAGAAUCCCCAGUAGAAAAGGUGUUGCAUCCCAUUACAGUUCAUGAAAUUACAGAGAGUAAACCAAGAGACCCAGAGAUAUCUAAAGUAAAUCUUGAGAAACACAAGGUUGAAGAACCUAGUCUAGAGCAAAUCCAGCAUGAAAAGUUGCCAGAGAAAGCCAAGGUUUCAAAGAAAGGUCAUGGCCACAACAGAAUAGUCAAUAACUUCUUGAGAAAUGACUUGAGAAAAGCCUCCAAAGAUCUUCACAGAGAUUCAAAAUCUUCUCAAGGGGAUUCUGAAGAAUGGAAGGUAGUUUCAAGAGGUAAAAAAACCCCUGGAAGAGGCCAAAAUACACAAUUCAUUGGAGUAAACCUCAAGACACAACUCUCUAAUAUUAGAAAUCCUCAAGAUAAAGUAUCUAGUGAGCCUGAAUCUAUGAAAGAGAGGACAAUCAAUACAGUUGGGACUCAGAAUGGGAGAGGGAAUGGUUCAGCUCAUAAGGAAGUAUCAGAAAUAAAGGAGAUUGAGAUGAAAAUUGAUUCAUUACAUCAUCCUGUCCAAGUAGAAAAUCCACAUGUUGAAGAACAAGAAACCAUCAAAGUCAAAAGGUAUUUGUUCAUCUAUAAUUUAUAA